UCUCUCUCUACUCUGCGCAUUUCCGUUGAAACAGGCUAGUAACUCCAUUGUUGAAAUUAAUUUGCAAGGUGAAUAAAUAGAAAAAUAGAGAAUGCCACAUGUCGUUCAACUGCAUUGACUGUUACCGGCAUUCCCAACUCUUGCCUGCAUUCUCAAAGCACACACAGGGACAAAACAGAGGUUUUGUUUCCGCUUCUGCAUAAUUCGAGUCGCUUUUAUUUGAUUUUAUAACAAAUAUACAUAUUUAGACCAACAUGCUGUCAGCACUUUCCUUUUUUCUCGCGGUCGCCGUGGUCAUCACAAUAGGUGACACAUCCGCUGCCACCGGCAAUGACAACGGUGACGACCAGGAACUGCUGCUUCUCGUCGUGUUCGAUGGAUUCCGGUACGACUACCUCGAGAAGACGGCUACGCCCAACUUCGAUCGCCUUGUCAACAUGGGUGCCAAGCCGGCGGGCAUGACCCCGGCCUUUGCCACCAAAACAUUUCCUGGACAUCACACCAUUGCUACCGGUCUCUACCAAGAGAACCACGGAAUUAUAGGAAACAACAUGUACGACCCCGAGUUCAACUCGACGUUCGGCCAGGCCAAUAACGAGCCCCGGUGGUGGAACUACGGAGGAGAACCGAUCUGGGUGACGAACCAAAUCAACGGUGGUCGAACCGUCUCCGUCUUCUGGCCCGGAGAUCGUGUAAACAUCUCAGGCAUGACGGCCACCUAUCACCAGCCAGCCUACGACGGAUCGUUCCCGAACGAAGACCGGAUCGAUCUGGUCGUCGGAUUGAUGUCCAACGGGAGCGCCAAUCUAGGCAUACUCUAUUUCAGUGAGCCGGAUAACACAGGGCACCUGCAAGGUCCAGAAUCAAACGAGACUGCCAACAGUAUUGCUGACUGUGACGAAACCCUCGGGUACCUCCUGGAAAAGCUGACCGAAGCCGAUUUGCUCGAUGACGUCAAUAUCAUCGUGACCAGUGACCACGGCAUGGCGUCCGUAUCUCCAGACCAGACGGUGUUUCUCGAUGACUACGUUGACAGGAGUCUGUACUUCUACACCAACAAUGACCCCGUAUUCGGUUUAUGGCCAUAUGACGAAAACAGCACAGAGGAGCUGUACGACGCUUUGAAAGAUGCACAUCCCAAUAUGGACGUUUACCUUAAAGCGGAAAUUCCUGAGGAAUAUCAUUAUCGGGACAACCGGCGGACUAGCCCCAUUCUUGUGGUCAUGGAGGAAGGAUGGCAUGUUUGGACCAACAGUUCUAUCGAAGGAAACUGGCAAAGAUACAAGGGGAAUCAUGGCUUCUUGAACACCCUUGAGAGCAUGCGUUCCAUCUUCAUCGCCUCUGGCCCCGCCUUCAAAUCAAACUACGCGUCCAAUGAUUUACUCGACGCUGUUGACGUGUACAACUUGAUGUGUCACUUGCUGGCGGUUGACCCCGCACCCAACAACGGCACAUUCAGUCACGUGGAGCCUCUUCUGGCCAAUGAGGGGACAGGAACCUCUCCAGAAACUGCAGAGACGACGCUUCAGAUGACGACAGAAGGUUCAGGCGGUCGUAUAGCGUAUUCUGCACAUCUUCUGUCGCUUGUUUUUGCUAUUUUUCUAGCGUUUUACUUUUAAUCAUAAACAUUUUCCUCCAAUUAUUAGUUUGAUUUAUAAGAUGAACUAAUUCAUUAUUGAUUUAAGAUAUCAUUAAGAUAAACACCAAUUCAUUUAAUUACUUUUAAUAUCAAUACAAGAUGAAUAUUGCAAGGACUUAACGUCUAAACCUAUUCUUAACAUGUGUGUAACACUUUUCGUAUACACAAUGUAUUUCAUUGACCCGUGUGUGAUUUUAGUAUCAAUCUUUGCAAUUUUUUUCUGAAAUGUAAAAGGAAAGACACUUACACCGGGGGAAAGGGAAUUAAACUAAUUAUUGAUUUAGACUUUGAUAUUUACUUAUGUUGCCAUUGAAUGUAUUGUGAGAAGAUUCUGACAAAUUAAUACAUAAAACACAAAAACACCCACCCCCCUACAUGUAUAUAGAUCGUAACCUAAGUAAUAAUACUGCUCGUAAAUUUCAUACAUGCUUAUUAAAAUGAUAUUCAAUAUUUUAGAAAAAUAUUUUUAGCUGUCUCAUGAACUCAUUUUGAUCGACCUAAUUAUUAUUAUCAAAGUUCAGAAGGUGAUUUUAUUUUUCUUCUGGAAAGUUUAAUUCGUGCAUCGUAUGAAGUGUAUAGAAUUACUUAUUUUUAAUUUGUGUUACAAUUUAUAUUAAGUAAUGUAUGAAAUAAUUCUAUUACCCCCCCCCUCCCCCCAGGUCAAUACCUUCAAACUUUAGGAAAUGGGUCGAUUUAGUGUUGGUGUUGUAAGUGACAAAAACUACGGAAGGGUAUGCUUUAUUCAUUUAGAAAACUCAAAUGGAAGCGAAUUUACAAAACUAAAACAAAUAAAUAAGUGUACAAAAAUAGACUGAAAUGAUGACUCAAAAGCGUGGCGCAUUGUAGUGUUUCAGAAUACUAAAUGUCUGUUGUAAACGUGUGUACAUUUUUUGAGGUCAAAAUUAAUAAGAGACUUAUGAAAGAAAUUCAUUGAUUCGCAUUUACUAUUGCUCUAAUGAUUGAUAUACUGGUUGGAUUUCAUUUAACACUCUAUUGAACCUUGAAUAUACUUAUUUUCAUUUAUUGUUGUAUCAACCACAAUGGAAUUCUGCAGCUUACUUAUAAAAAUGCUGACAAAUGACUCUCAGAUGAUUAUGUAUCUGACUGAAAUGUUUUUAUGUUAUAGGUAUUUUUCUGCCUGAAUAUCUGAUAAAUAAAUUGACUUAAAUCAUAAA